AUUCUGGUACAGAGGGUAUACGUUGGUCGCAACGAAUGUCCCCGAGUUGAGACUAACGAGCGAGUUCCACAGUCGAACCAGAAUGACAGGAGGCGUUGAAAGUGGCAACUGCACCUGGAAGCUGGAUGGCGCCAGAUUUAGAGACGCUGGUUCAUUUUACUUGAAAAUUGACAUUCCACAACUUAAUAGCUUCUCCUUCUCAAACAAUAAGGUGACCCUCAAUGUUCUCCGACUUCCUAAGCGUCCCGUGAUGACUAUAGAAGUCAGUAAUAAAGUGACUGCCACCUGCAAAGUUACUCACAUCUGUCCAACAUCUCCUCCACAAAUUUCCUGGAGCCGCUCAGGAACCUCUACAGUGAUGCCAAAACAGGAGAAUGAAAGGAUGUGGUCAAUAACGUCAACCAUCACCUUCACCCCUCAAGAAGCCGAUUUUAGGAAGGGUUUAGAAUGUACGGUGAGAUUCCACAACAGUAAGACUGCAAAGGGCUCUGUGCUUCUCACCAGGAAGAGGAAUCCAAGAAUGGAGUACUAAAUUAGAGCAAAA